UCCAACAAUUUCGUCUGCUCGUUAAUUUUUAAACCACUGGUACAUCCAUCUAAUGAUGUGCUUUUUCUUGAACUAAGUAGGAUUUAUGGCUUUCUAAGGGGGCGCUUGGUAUCAAUCAUAUUCCUUGCGCUUUCUUUUGGAUUUUCUAUUGAUGUAUGACUGUGUGCAUGACUGUACUCCUGGGUUUUUUUCCAUUUCACUUUUGACUAAUUCAAAAGCUUUCCUUAAUGGAAUCUCGAUCAACAUUUGACUAGACAUUCGAAAACACAUCAGUGUUACAAUUUAUUAUUUGCUCAAUUCACUAUAUCAAGACACCCGAACUCAAAGGAAAACCAGAUGAACAUCUCAUUCCCAUCUUCUUCCCCUUCAAUCCUCACGCAAAAACCACAAUACAACCAUGGAGGACCAAAUGUCAAAAAUGACCCUGCAUGGCUUCGAGAUCUCGGACAUCGAUGAUAUCAUGGUUUGGGAGACAGGCGAUCUUGUCCUUCAAUUCACUGGCCGGGAAGCACCUACAUCUCGAGAAAUCGAAUUUGCGAUCCUGAGAGACCACAUCAUCCCUCACCCAUGGUACAUGGCUAUAUGCCUCAACAGUCGAGUCAUAGGCUCCAUAUCGGUGAUGCAGGGGUCCGGUGAGGCUCGUUGUAGAGGUGAGCUUGGCUAUGUCCUUGCAUCUCACUAUUGGGGCCAAGGCCUAGCCACAUGUGCUGUGAAGAUGGUGAUCUCCAAUAUCUUUGAGGAAAUUCCUGAGCUAGAAAGAUUGGAAGCCUUAGUUGAUGUUCAAAAUGUUAGGUCUCAAAGGGUUUUAGAAAGAGUUGGGUUUGUCAAAGAUGGUUUGUUGAGGAAAUAUUUGGUCUUUAGAGGCCAGAGCAAGGAUAUGUUGAUGUAUAGCUUCCUUUCAAGUGAUGUACUUAAUUUGUGGUCUACUUUUGAUUUGUAAAAGAAUACUUGUGAAAGUUAAAAA